AAACCUAAAUGCCAGCAACUCCCAACCGCGCAAGAAGAAAAAAUAUUUCUGAGCUCAGCAAGUUCGUCGUCGGUCGUCUGGCGAGAUAUUCUACAGUCCUCAAUUUAAUUUGACUGUCGAGGAGCAUUUAGAACGGCAUGGCGCCUGCUAACAACAAGAAGAACAAGAAACCCGUGCAGAAGCGGAAAAACGACAGACAGCUCCGCCGCGAGAAAGAUCUGGAAGAGUUGAAAGAGCUCGAGCAACGCGUGAACGAGUUCGACCCUUCCGGCGCGACGCUGUUUGAUGAGCUUCCGCUGUCGCAGCAGACCGUGAUUGGGCUUAAGCAGUCACAUUUUACGACGCUGACGGCGAUUCAGAAGAAGAGUAUUCCGUUGGCGUUGAAGGGGAAAGAUAUUUUGGGAGCUGCAAAGACGGGGAGUGGAAAGACUUUGGCGUUUUUGAUUCCGUUACUGGAAUGCCUCUAUCGUAACCAAUGGACUCAAUACGACGGCCUCGGUGCACUAGUCAUCUCACCAACUCGAGAACUCGCGAUCCAGAUCUUCGACGUCCUCCGCAAAAUCGGACGCGCGCACACGUUCUCCGCCGGUCUCGUGAUUGGAGGCAAAGACGUCCAAGUCGAGCGCGACCGAAUUUCUCGGCUCAACAUCCUGGUCGGCACGCCAGGUCGCAUUCUGCAGCACAUGGAUCAGGCAGCCGGGUUCGAGAUUGGGAAUCUGAAACUGCUGAUUUUGGACGAGGCCGAUCGGAUUCUGGACAUGGGGUUCAAGAAAACUGUUGAUGCGAUCGUGCAGCAUCUGCCGAGGGAGCGACAGACGCUCCUGUUUUCGGCUACGCAGACGAAAUCGGUUGCUGAUCUCGCGAGACUCAGUCUUUCGUCCGAGCGGGCGGAGUAUAUCUCUGCGCAUGAAAAGGCGGAGAGCAGUACACCAAAAAACUUGCAGCAAUACUACGUCAUCUCACCUCUCCCCGAAAAGCUAAACACUCUAUUCGGCUUCCUCAAAACCCAUCUGAAAUCGAAAAUCAUCGUCUUUGUCUCGUCGUCCAAGCAGGUCCGCUUCAUGUUUGAAACAUUCAAGACCCUGCACCCCGGUAUCCCACUAAUGCACCUACACGGCCGACAGAAGCAAGCAGCACGAAUCGACGUCACAGACCGGUUUUCAGAGUCAAAGUACGCGUGUCUGAUCUGCACCGACAUCGUCGCGCGCGGAAUCGAUUUCCCGGCCGUGGACUGGGUCGUGCAGCUCGACGCGCCCGAGGACGCGGAUACGUACGUCCAUCGCGUGGGUCGGACGGCGCGGUUCGAGGCGAACGGGCGGGCGCUUCUGAUGCUGGCGCCGUCGGAGGAGGAAGGUAUGCUUGAGCGGUUGAAGGCGAAGAAAGUGCCGAUCGAGAAAAUCACGAUUAAGGAGGCAAAGAAGAAGAGCAUACGGCAAGACCUGCAGAACCUGUGCUUCAAGAGCCCGGAAAUCAAGUAUUUGGGACAAAAGGCGUUUGCGAGUUACUGCAAGUCGGUGUACAUCCAGAAGGACAAGGGUAUCUUCAAAUUCACCGAGCUCCCUGCCGAGGAAUUCGCCGUCAGUCUCGGUCUUCCGGGUGCGCCGCGUAUUAAGUUUAUCAAUAGCCAGAAAGCAAAGAUGCUGAAGAACGCGGCGCAGGCGAAGGAGUCCGAGUCCGAGCUGAGCAGUGAAGAGGAGAAGGAUGAGGAGGAAGAGAACGGGGGGAAGAAGGGACAGGCGGUGAGGACAAAGUAUGAUCGGAUGUUUGAGCGACAGAACCAGGGCGUUUUGUCGCAGCAUUAUAUGAAUAUGAUCAAGGAUGAGGCGGGAGGAGAGGAUGGGGAUGGGGAUGAUGAUGGCGAGUUCAUGUCUGUCAAACGGUUUGACCAUCGUCUGUCGGACUCUGAGUCGGAGGGUGAGAGCGACGGAGAGGAGGAAGACAAGGAAACCACCGCUGAGGCAAUCAACGAGAGAAAUACCCGUUUGAAAAUAACACCUACGGGCCCACUAGUCGGCCUCGACGGCGCUCCUGUUUCCAAGCGCCAAGCCAAGGCCGCGCUCUCGAAGAAGGCGAUGCUGAGAUACAAGACCAAUCCGACGAAGCUAGUGUUUGACGACGAGGGCAAGCCGCAUGCUUUGUACGAAUUCGAAGACGAGCAGGAUUUCAUGAAGAGCGGUGCGCCAGAGGAGCAGAUCAAGCAGUUUGUCAGCAAAGAGUCUGAGCGGAUGCAGGAGCUUGAUCAGGUCGAUAAGGUGCAGGCGAAGGAGAAGAAAGACGCGAAGAAGCGGAAGAUGAAGGAGAAAUUCGCGGCUGCGGCUGCUGCUGCUGAGGAAGAGUCCGACGAGUCUGAAGGGUACGAGUCUGAAGAGGAAGAGGAGGACGCAGCGCCGGCGAAGCGGCCGAGGAAAUGGUUCGAGGAUGAGUCUGAGGACGAGGAGAGUAGUAGGAAGAAGUCCAAGAGAGAGAUUGAGGUCGAGCAGCCUCAGACUUUGGAGGACUUGGAGGCUCUGUCUAUGAGGUUGCUGGGUCAUGACUAG